CUCAGGAUGGACCUACGGUUCUCCCCUGAGAGGUGCCAGCAUUCUGGGCUCAGCACCCUGGAAGGAGUGGGCCUCCAAGUUUCCUGGGCCUCCUCAGAGGCAGUCGGGGGAGGCUGGGGCCCAGCCAAUGGCAGUGCCAGGCGCAGUGCCUCCUCCUCCCAGGCCAGCGGCACACGCAGGCUGCUGCCUGCUCUGCAGGCUCCGUCCCAGGAACAGGCUUCCCCAAACACCCUCCCCAGUCCCGACAGGAGUUCCAGCUGAGUCCAACGGCUGGCUGUCAGGAGCUGGUACCCGGAGAGCCCUGAGGGGUGGCCACUCAGCCGAGCGUGUGUGGAGUGACGACCACAAGGAUUUCGACUGCAACACCCGCCAGCCGGGCUGCUCCAACGUCUGCUUCGAUGAGUUCUUCCCUGUGUCCCACGUGCGCCUCUGGGCCCUGCAGCUCAUCCUGGUCACGUGCCCCUCACUGCUCGUGGUCAUGCAUGUGGCCUACCGGGAGGCUCGGGAGAAGAAGCACCGGGAGGCAGAGGGGGAGGGUGGCGGGUGCCUCUACCUGAACCCCGGCAAGAAGCAAGGGGGGUGGCUCUGGUGGACGUAUGUCUGCAGCCUUGUGGUCAAGGCUGGUGUGGAUGCUGCCUUCCUCUACAUGUUCCACUCCUUCUACCCCCGAUGCACCCUCCCUCGUGUGGUCACGUGCCACGCAGCUUCAUGUCCCGGUGUGGUGGACUGCUUCAUCUCCAGGCCCACGGAGAAGAAUAUCUUCACUCUCUUCAUGGUGGCCACGGCUGCCAUUUGCAUCCUGCUCAGCCUCAUGGAGCUGACCUACCUGGUGAGCAAGAGGUGCCUCGAGUGCCUGGCAGUGAGGAAGACCCAGAUCACAGGCAUGGGCCAGCACCCAAGCUGGGCCACCUCUUCCUGCAAACAGGACGACCUCCUCUCAGGUGACCUCAUUUUCUGGACUCAGAUGCUCCACCUCCUCUCUUACCAGACCACCCUCGAGACCAUGUGAAGAAAACCGUCCUGUGAGGUGCUGCCUGCCUGGGUCAGGCCUGGGUUGGAAAACCCCCACAUUUCAUAGGUGCAGCCUUGGGGCCAGAGGAGCUGAGCCUCAAGUGGGACAGACAAGAGGGAGGGUCAGAUGGCUGGGAUCAAAUCUCUGGUCCCCAGCUCCUGCCACCUGCCCCAUCUGUGGGGCCUUGAGCAAGUUACCCCCUGUGCUGCACCUCGAUUUCCUUUUGGGGUAGAUGGAGACAGUGAGGCCCACCUCACAGGGAUGUUGCUGUGAGGAGGGGUUAGUUAGAGAACAAUAUACAAAUGCCUUCAAUGUGUCGGGCGCACAGUCAGGGCUUAAUAAAAGUCAACUCGUUCACUAAUUCAAGAUGCCAUUUGGU